UGUGGCAAGAGCUUCACCUGCAGCUCCUAUCUGAGCCAGCACCGUCGUGUGCACACCAGUGAGAAGCCUUUCACCUGUGCUGACUGUGGCAAGAGCUUCAAACACAGCUCCACCCUCACCGUCCACCGCCGCAUCCACACCGGAGAGAAGCUGUUCCCCUGUGCUGAGUGCGGCAAGAGCUUUACCAAGAGCACUAGACUCAUCCGGCACCAACUCAUCCACAGUGGUGACAAACAGUACAGCUGUUCCACCUGUGGGAAGAGGUUCAGCAGCAGCUCUACCCUCACCAAGCACUUUCGUGUGCACACUGGUGAGAAGCCUUUCAGCUGUGCUGACUGUGGCAAGAGCUUCACAAAGACCUCCAAGCUCACCCAGCACCGUCGUGUGCACACCAGUGAGAAGCCUUUCACCUGUGCUGACUGUGGCAAGAGCUUCAAACACAGCUCCUACCUCACCAUCCACCGCCGCAUCCACACCGGAGAGAAGCUGUUCCCCUGUGUUGAGUGCGGCAAGAGCUUCACCACGAGCACUUUAUUCAUCCAGCACCAACUCAUCCACAGCGGUGAGAAACCCUACAGCUGUGCCCACUGUGGCAAGAGCUUCACCUGCAGCUCCUCUCUCACCCAGCACCGUCGUGUGCACACUGUGGAGAAGCCUUUCACCUGUGCUGACUGUGGCAAGAGCUUCACCUGCAGCUUCUAUCUCACCCGGCACUGUCGUGUGCACACUGGUGAGAAGCCUUUCACCUGUGCUAACUGUGGCAAGAGUUUCAGCUGCAGCUCUCAAUUCACCCGGCACCGUCGUGUGCACACUGGUGAGAAGCCUUUCAGCUGUCCUGACUGCGACAAGAGCUUCACCCGCAGCUGUCACCUCACCCAGCACCGUCCUGUGCACACUGGUGAGAAGCCUUUCACCUGUGCUGACUGUGGCAAGAGCUUCAGCAGCAGGUCUUAUUUCACCCAGCACCGUCGUGUGCACACUGGUGAGAAGCCUUUCACCUGUGCUGACUGCAGCAAGAGCUUCAGCAGCAGCUCCUUUCUCUCCCAGCACCGUCGUGUUCACACUGGGGAGAAGCCUUACACCUGUGCUGACUGUGGCAAGAGCUUCAACUGUAGGUCCAACCUCACCCAGCACCGUCGUGUGCACACUGGAGAGAAGCCUUUCACCUGUGCUGACUGUGGCAAGAGCUUCACCCGCAGGUCUAUUCUGAACAGACAUCACUGCAGCCACACCAGGGAAAAGCCCUUCGUCUGUGGUGACUGUGGCAAGAGGUUCAGGUGGAGGUCUGACCUCAUGCGGCACUGCCUCACCCACACGAGUGAGAAAUCUUUCACCUGCAGGGACUGCGGCAAGAGCUUCAAACACAGCUAUAGCCUCACCAUCCACCGCCGCAUCCACACCGGAGAGAAGCUGUUCCCCUGUGCUGAGUGCGGCAAGAGCUUCACCACGAGCACUUUAUUCAUCCAGCACCAGCUCAUCCACAGCGGUGACAAACCCUACAGCUGUGCCCACUGCGGCAAGAGCUUCACACAGAGCUCCUAUCUCACCAAGCACUGUCGUGUGCACACUGGUGAGAAGCCUUUCACCUGUGCUGACUGUGGCAAGAGCUUCACCUGGAGCUCCUAUCUCACCAAGCACCGUCUUGUGCACACUGGUGAGAAGCCUUUCACUUGUGCUGACUGCGGCAAGAGCUUCAAGGCUAGCUCUGACCUCACCAUCCACCGCCGCAUCCACACCGGAGAGAAGCUGUUUCCCUGUGCUGAGUGCGGCAAGAGCUUCCCCAAGAGCACUUUAUUCAUCCAGCACCAACUCAUCCACAGCGGUGAGAAACCCUACAGCUGUGCCCACUGCAGCAAGAGCUUCAGCAGCAGCUCCUCUCUCACCCAGCACCGUCGUGUGCACACUGGUGAGAAGCCUUUCACCUGUGCUGACUGUGGAAAGAGCUUCACACAGAGCUCCAACCUCACCAAGCACCGUCGUGUGCACACUCGUGAGAAGCCUUUCACCUGCCCUGAGUGCAACAAGAGCUUCAGCAGCAGCUCCCAUCUCAACAAGCAUCGCUGCAGCCACAACAGUGAGCAGCGCACAGUUCCGGGGAGGCACAAAUAG